CAGAGAAGUGGGCUAUGUACGUCUCUACACAAAUAUUUCCCUUCUGCAUGAGGGUGUUUGUGGAGGACACAGAGUGUGCUUUGUGCCCUUAGCACUCUAUCUUGACCCCGCCCCUGGCCCCUCGUCCGGAGACCCUCUCCUGAAACUCCGCAGACCACCUCACAUCAGAGAUGCUGCUGCAUUUCUCUGCGUUGCUCCUCAUCCUCACACAACAGGGUUUGGGCAGAGGCACCAACAAUGGGCCAUACGUGUCUGGUCGGGUUGAUCGGGUUGAACGGCGGCAGUUCUGCCAGUGGCCCUGUAAAUGUGGCCCACGAGCACAGUGUGCCCCUGGGGUCAGCUCUGUGCUAGAUGGAUGUGGCUGCUGUAAGAGCUGUGCUCGUCAGAUCGGCGAUAGUUGUAACGAGAGGGACGUGUGUGACCCCCACAAGGGCAUGUAUUGUGACUUCUCCCGGGAUCAGCCUAAAUACGAAGUUGGUGUGUGCGCUUAUCUAAUGGCUGUGGGCUGUGACCUAAAUGGACUUCGCUAUGAAAACGGAGAGGCCUUCCAGCCGAGCCCACUCUACAAGUGCACCUGCAUCGGAGGAGCCAUCGGCUGUACCCCCGCCUUCAUCCAGAAGCCUGCUGCUCUUUUAGGCCCCGCCUCCUUGAUGGCAAGUGUUCCCGCAGGCCUUCGGAAUACUCACAGUUCUAAAAAGCACCAACAGGACACCACCUACAUGUCAGCUUACAGGGAUCCCCCUUUAGUCUGGAAGAAGAACUGCCUGGUCCAGAGCACACCCUGGAGCCCAUGCUCCAAGAGCUGUGGUUUGGGCAUCUCUGUGAGAAUUAACAACAACAACAGCAAGUGUGAGAUGAGAAAAGAUCGACGUCUGUGCCUGCUGCGGCCCUGCGACAAGGCCCUCCUCAAAAGUAUCAAGGUGCCAAAAGGAAAGACAUGCCGGCCCAAAUUCCAGGCAAAAAAAGCUGAGAAGCUGACACUGUCGGGUUGCUCGAGCACCAGGAAGUUAAGGCCCAUGUAUUGUGGUGUGUGCACAGACAAGCGCUGCUGUGUCCCCAACAAGUCGCGCAUGAUUCCAGUCAGUUUUUUGUGCAAGGAUGGCUCCAGCACACGGUGGAAGAUGCAGUGGAUCACGUCUUGUGUGUGCCAGAAGAAGUGCAGUGAGCUAGAGGACAUGUUCUCAGACCUGCGCCUGCUCUGAGCAUUUGAUAUGAUAAGCAUCACCGUGCCAAUCGUAAGCACAACUGAAACAUGAUGAGAUCAGGUCUCAAAACUAUUCACCCAUGGAUCUGCAAACCAUGAAACACG